GAUAACUUAUAAGACAAUGGAAAUUACGGAAAAGGUUCUCUACAUCUAUUCUCUACAGACGACGUUGUAUACUUCACUGAACGAGAAAAUUCAAUAAUUCGUUAAAAAGUCUAAAAUUGUAUGAGACAACUCUUUUCAUAACAAUGGUGAGUGUUACUUAUAAUUAAUUCGAAUCUUGGUAUCUACUACAUCGAAAAUACCCGUGACUUGUUUGGUCGUUUUUUUUUAACUACCUACUCAAGUUGUACAACAUUUCAUCAUUUUCGGACGAAUAACAUUUGCAGUAGUGCAUAUGAAUUGCUUUAAUUUUGUAAAAAUAAUAUUUAUGAAUACAACUGUUUGCAAUAUUCGUUCUGUCUAUAUUAUAUAGCAAUAGUAUAAUAUAAUAUGGUAUAAUACCUAUGUAGGCUAUGUAUAUAUUGAUAUUAUGAAUCGAUUAAUAAAUUGUCAUGUUGUAUAAAUUGUUUCUAUAGUUUGAAACACUAUUACCGAAAAACAAAUUAUAGUGACAUAAAAUAUAUACUUGUUAAAAAAUAUACUGUUAGCAUAUAAUAACUAGGUACUUACCUGUAUACCUAGUAAUAAUUUGGAAAUAAUAAUAAACAGUUUUUAAAGUUUUUUACUUUUUUUUUUCAUGAAAAUAUGUAAAUUUUAUUUUUAGAAAUCUUCCACUAAAAAUAAACAUAAAGUUGAUGAUGUUAGCAGAGAAACUCAAAGAUUAGUUAUGAGUAGUUCUGUACAUUUACCAUAUCACAUACCCAAACAAAAAUCAUUAAAAGACUUCUUAAACAGGCAGAAAAUUCCAUUAGAAAAUCAAGUAUCUUUAACAGGUCCAAAAAAGUUAUUACGAAAAGCAUGGUAAGUGAAAUUUAUAAUAAUGAAUUUAUCAAACAUAAUAUCAGAAAUUGUUAAUAUUAAGGAAAAUUUAUACUUACAGAUAUUCAUUAUUUUAUCUCUGUAAAUAUGCCUAAGAUUAAAACCAUGCAAAUCUUAACUUAUUUAAUUGUGGAAUUUCAGGGAAUUUAUUGAAACUAAAGAACAAAAUGUAGAAAAAUUUUACAACGAAAUCAGCAUUCAAGAUGAAGAUAAUGAAGAGCCAAAAUCUUCCAGCAAUGAUGGCGUUCAAACAUUUCAAACCGAAAAAAACAGAAAUUUUAUUGAUUUAGAUGAUAAUAAUUAUAAUAAAGGUAUGAAUUAAAACUAAAUAAAUUUAUAAUUCAUAACUUUGUCUUAAUUUUUUUAAUAUUGUUGAUAUUUUUUUUUUUUUUUUUUAGAAAAAAUGGUAGUAGAAUAUGAUGAUGAAGAAAACUGUGAAAAUAGUUCAAUAAACAGUGACUCAUCAGAUUGCGAUGAAGCAUCUUCAAUAAAUGAUGAUGAAAAUUCCAAAGAGGCAACAAGUUUAUGUUCUGAAGAAUUUCCAAUUCAACCAGUUGAGCAUGUAAUAUACAGAUGUUUAAAAAUAUUUUGCUUCAUACUUAUAUGAAAUAAAAUAUAAAUUAAUUUUUAAAUAUACACUCAUAUUAUUAUAUUUUUUUUUUCCUCAGCAAGAUAAUGAAAAAUUAAAACAUCAUUUCAAUUCAAACAAGUUAGUUAACUUUAAAGUUAACUUAAAGUUUAAACAUAUUCUGCAUUAAUAAUAAUUACUAUUAAAAUUAUAGAUUUGAUGACAUAGCCAAGCAAUUUAUUGAUAACGAAGCAGAGUUAUCUGAAUUAGAGGAAAGUUCAGAUGAUGAAGACAGUUUUAUAAAUUCAUCUGAAAAUGAAGAAGGUUUAUAUGACAAAAUAAAAAUAUUUAAUUUUAUAAAAAUUAUUGGUAUAAAAUUGUAAUUUUAUUUCAGAAAUUGAAAUUUCAAAAAAAAAGAAACGUCCAACACUAUUAUUGUCCGAAAGUAGUGAUGAUGAACAUAUUUCAGAUAUAGAAAUUGAAAUGACAUCUAAUGAUAUCAUUCCUUUAUCUAAUGAACUCGAAAAAAAUACACCUACAUCACUAAUAGAUAAUGGACACAAUUCAAAUACAGAAAUGAAAAUAGAUACUAAUGAUUUAAGUCCUUUAUUUAAUGAGUCCGAAAAAAAUAUCUCUACUCAACAACUAAUGGAACUAUGCUCUGGACAGUUUCAAACACAGCCUGAAUCUCAGGUCUUAAAUUUUAUUUUUAUUUUUCUGAGUUAAUAACUGACAAAAAAUUGUUUUUUUUUUAAUUAAUUAGGAAAAUGAACUUGAGGACAACUUUGAUUCUAGUGUGUAAGUUAAUAUUUACUUUAUUAGUGAAUUAUUAUUUAAUUUAUUCUACUGUGUGCAUAAUGUUAGUUGCUUUAGUCCUCUAGAUAAUCUUGAUGAAGAUAGUGAAAAUGAUCAAAGCGAUGAAGAUGAAGAUGAUAUGCCCAAACUUACUUCAGUGAAUGAUUUUUUUGAUGAUGAAGCAGAAUUGUCCGAAUCAGAUUGGAGUUCUGAUGAUGAAAAUCAAGAUGCUGAAAAAUUAGAUAAAUUAGAUGAAGAAGAUGGUGACAAAGAUGAGCUUGAUGAAAAUCUUAUUAAGGAUGGUUUGGAUAAGAUUUAUAUGUAUGAUAUUUAUCUUAAGUUAUAUUUUAUAUGUAUAAUCAAAAUAUUUACAAUUUUAAUUAGGCGACAGUUAUUGGAUGAUGAUAUAAAACAAGUAACUGAACUCAAAGAAAGACUACUUGAAGAUGGUGAAUUAUAUUCAGAUACUGGCCGAAAAAGAAAAUUUCAGUGGGGUGAUAAUGGUUAGUUUAAAAAAUCAUUUAUUUUUACUUGGAUAAUAUUUUUACUUUCUGUUAAGAUCAAGAUGAUGAUUCAUUUAAGAAGCCAUUAUUCUCAGACAGUGAAGAUGAGAAUGAAGUAGUAAAUGGUGAUGACGGUGAUGAUUUAUCAGGACUAUGGCGAAAAGAACGUUACAAAAGGGAAUCUUAUUUAUCACAAGUACUAUUAUCAAUAUAUAACAAUUUCUUUUAUGAUCCUAAAUAGAUACAAAUAUUUGUCUAAAAUUGUUCAAAUUAAUUAUUUGAUUAGACUUGACACUAUUAUUUAUUAAUAUAAGGUAGAUUUGAUUAAAAAUUUCAAUAACAGUAUUUAUUUUAAGAUUCAUAGCGUAAGGAUCUAUUGAUUUUACUAUAACUUGUGUUUUUUAAAUCUAUUAUUAAAUAACUUUUCAAAAAGAAAACUUACUACUUUUCUUAAAGAAAAUUUCAUCUAGUUUAUGCAUUAGGUCAUUUUUUCAUUUUUCAUUAUAAUUAAGAAAAUUUGAAAACAAAAUUACAUGUAAAAGACAAAUUCUUAUGUUUUAUGUUUUCUACUAGAAAUAUUACUCCUUUAAAAAAAAUAACAAUAAAUCAUUGGUGGUAUGUAAGAAAGCAAUUUCUUUGAUUUUCCUUGUAGUUUUUUUAAUAAUUGAGCAAAACUGAAAAGAAAAAAAAUAUAGAAGACCAAAAAAAUGUACGAAAAUAAUGUUUUUAAUAUUUUUAAUUUUGUUUUUGUUGUAAUUCAAUUAAAAUUAUUUCUAAAGACUUGAAAUUUGGAUUAAAAACUAAAACUUGCGUUUUCUAGACAUGGUAACAUUUCGAAAACAUUUGCUUCAUUUUUGAGCUAUUUAUAAAUAUUUUGUGAGUUGUACAUAAUUAUUAUUUGAUCGUUACUCUGUAGUAAAAUUUUUAAGGCUAAACAAAAAUGCUUGAAGAUUUAACUAGAAGUUCAUUAAAAUUUGUACUUAGUAGUGAAACAAAUUUGUUGUAAUUAUUUUUAUACAGGAAUUUUAAUUAAAAUGUAUGUUUAAUGAUGUGUAAUCAAUCUAGUUACUGGUUCAAACAAAUUUUUCCAUUUUUUUUGUUUUAAACAUUUGUUAUGUAUAUUACUGAUUUAAGACCAAUAAUGAAAUUAGAAUUGAGUGGACUGACUUAGUUUCAAAAUUAUAGCUUCUUGAAGUUUUGAUGUUAUUGCAGAUAUUCUGUAAUAACUUAUAACUCAAUAUUGUCAAUAUUAUAUUAUCUUUGUCAUAAUUUAGUGGUGGUAUCAACAUACCUGUUGUCAUUUCAGAGAUUACCCAAGUUCUAAAAAUUUUUUUUUGCAAAACUACAGUAACAGAAAAAAAAACGAAUGCAUUUUAGGUGCACCAUGAGAACCAAACAAUCACUCAUUUGGACUAUAUUAAUUGAAUGCCCUUUGAUUUAUUGUGCAAACUUUUCUACUAAUAAUCUUGCUUCGAUAUUUCAAAUGUAGCACUUUUCUUGUAAGAAAAUUUUAUCUACAUGAUACCUUUAGGGAGGUCAUUUUUUUGAUUUUCUGAGUGUUUUUUAUAAUAAUUGGCAAAAACCUGGAUAAAAUGUUGGAAACAGGAAAAUUUACAAAAAUAUAAUAUAAUAUAUUAUAAUUCAGUUCAAAAUAUUAUAGAUCAAUUAAAAAUAUGAAACUGUAUAAAGGAAAAAUAUUUUUACUACCUACACAAAAUAAUAAGUGUUUAUUGUUAAAUUCAUUGUAUUCAAUAGGUAUUUAUUUUGCUAUAAAAUGACAUUAUAUAUUGUUGAAAAAGCAAUACUAUUAACCAAGCUCCCUUUAAAAUGGUUUUUCAUUAUCAAUGAUUAAUCCUUGCUUACAAAUAUACAUUCAUUUCGUCACUAUAUCCUACCUUCACACUUCUUGUUAACAACAGUAGUCCAUCUUUGUCCCUGUUUCUUAUUAUUAUAAAAUCUACUUGGGAAAUUAUCUCUCUAAUACACUAACUACAUCCAUAAUUCAACAAAUAAGUUAUCUUGUAAUUUUAUUAAAACUUUCAGGUAUUACACCUUCACGUGUAAAUCAAUAUACAAUCUCAUCAUUUUACCUUAAAUAAGCACAUCAAUUAAUAUAAUAUAAACUUAUCUUUAAUUAUAUUUUCAUACCAGAACAUUAAAACAAAAAAAAAAUCAAACUAAUUCAUAUACCAUAUAUAUUGUAGCAUCACUGAUAGCACUAUGAAAUAUUAAAGGAACAUUUUUUUAAACCAGUGUUAUCAUGACACUUAAAUCUAUAAAAAUAAUAAGAAUUAAAUAUUAUAACUGUUAUGGACUAUCGCCAUAAAAAAAAUUAAAUAACAAACAUAUCUAGUCAGUGCUGUAAUAAGGUACAUUAAAUUAGUAUCUUAUGAUACAUUUAAGAAAACAGAUAUUUUUUUUAAUUAACACUUAAUUAUUAAAAAUAUAGAAUUACAAAAUUAAAACAAAAAUAGAUUAGUAAUAGUAAUAGAUUCAUAAUUUAUAAUACAAUAAUGUCUAUUAUCCACUUGUCAAUACACAAUAGUCAUACACUCAUACAUAAUAAUUUAUAAUGAUAAAGAAAUCAGAAAAUAAUACAUAUCUAUAAUUAAUUGUUGUUAUUUUUUUUUAAAAUAAUUAGAUUUUAAAAUUAUAUAGUUUUUUUUUUUUUUGUUAAACCAAAAAAGUAAGAAUUGUAUCUUAAAAAGUAUCUAGAUAUUUUACAGCACUGCAUCUAGUCUACCACAUCUGAUAAAGUCAUCUUUGAUGCCAUCACCUUUGAUGAAUUAAGGAAUAUAUGGAAUAUUGUACAAGGUGAUCAAUUUAUCAUGAAACUACAUUUUUCUCGGACUUUUUAGUAAAUUUGAUUUUUUUUAUCCAUAUUCCUUAUACUUAAAUAAGUAGAUAUUUUUAUUUUAAAAUAGCUCCCCCCUAUUUCAACACAUAUUUGAAUACAAAAAAGUAUAGUAUAUAUCUAACAUUAAUAUUGGAUUUACUGUUUAUAAUCUAUAAUAAUUUAAACCAAAGGAAUAGGGAAGGAUUAUAAACAUCAUAUUCAUUUUAAAAUUAUGUAUCACAUAUAUCUUAUUAUUACUAUACUUGAAUAAUAUUUAAAUAUUGCAAUUAUAAUAGAUUUUUUGAUUAUUUUUUAAUAUAGAAUAAUGUUGCAAGUUGUUUUCAAUUGAUCAAUGACAUACCAGUUUUUGUUUGUACAUAUUAUUUUAUUAUAUUACAAUUUAAUUUUUUUUUUUUCAGACAAAUGACUCAGAAGAUGAGAUUCUACCUGAUAACUGUGAAGAAUCGGGUGAUAAUUCACAAACUUCAAUGAUUUUGGCUGUAAAAAAAACGCAUGUUGUAUGUUUUACCUAUUUUUAUUAUUUUUUUUUUUAAGGAUAUUUCUUUUACUUUUAUCAUUUUUAAUUGCAUAAUUAAUAUUAUUAUGAAAUAAAAGUACUCCUACUGAGAUAAUGAAUGUGAUAGUAAAAUAGUUUAUAAAAAUAAUGUAUCUUAUAUCACUUAUAGUCUAUAUAUGUGCCAGAAGAGAAGCAAUUUGACCACAUUUUAAAAUGACAGGCUGCUAAAGCCAGUUUUCACCCUCUAUGUGGCCACCAGAUAUUUUCUUUUGGUGGCACAAACUGAAUACAAUUUAAAUUUACCAAAUAAUUUUGCUGUUAUCAUUUUUGAUUUGCAUCAAUCUGUUUUGGAGAUAUUUCACUUUUAGUUUGGGUAGGAGAAGCGUAGUGAAGACUGUUAUCCUUAGUGUUUUAAAGUAAAGUAACUUGGAAACUUAUUUUUAAAUUUCAAUUGCACUAUAUCAACAUUUUAAGAAAAAUCUUCCUAUUUACAAUUUGCAUUAAAACAUUCUCAUUUGAAAAACUAAAGUUCAUAUCUCUACAGGAUACUACUUAAAUGUUAUGAAAAGUGAAAUAAUUAAUUCUAUACAUUGUUGAAAUUGCCAACAGGUCUAAGUGUUUGUAAAUAACUUAUAAUAUUGUUCUUACCUUUUUUAGAUUAAAUUAAAAAAUGAAGGAAUAUUUCAAUCAAAAGACAAAUCUAUAGUAGUAAAUGUUAACCAUUCUGACUCAUCAAAUAAAAAUAAAAAAACUGAAAAUGGUUUAACUUUACCGUGUGUUGCAAAAGUUACAAAAGUAAGUACUAAUAAUUAAUAUAUUAUAGUAAUUAUAUUCUGAAUAUUUCAAAUUUAAACUUUGGUUUAACUUAGGCCGUUUGCAUCAAUUCACAGUCUAAUAAAUUACUCAAAGGAUCAUUCAUGAAACGCAGAAAUGUUAACAAAAUUGUUACAUUAUUAAAUAUGAAUAAAAAUAAUGAUCAAGUAGAUAGUGGAAACUAUUUAAACAAAGAUAUUAGACCUUUGACGACCAUAACAGCUAAAGCUUGUAACAAUCCAUUUGCAUAUAUGUUAAUGGAUGGUAAAAAGCAAGAUAAUACAAAUUUAAUCUCUAAAGAGAUGGUAUGUAUUAUUUAUCAUCUUAUCACAUUUUUUUUUAACUUUUAUAGUUUUUAUUUUUCAGAAUACUGAGAAAAAUGACAAUGAAUUUUAUAAUCAACCAUCUAUUAGUGGUCAAUUAACUGAAGAAACUAAAAAAAAAAAAAAUACCAACAGUAUAUUGAUGCAUUUAGAAUAGAUUGUGUGGCAAACUAAUUUUUGAAUAUUGUGAUAACAAAAAAUUCAAUUAUAUUAUUUUCUAUAAAUGUUAAAAUUAUUUUUUUAUUAAGUCAGUGUAAUGCAUAAGUUGCAGUUUGUUUAAUUUGUAAUUGUUUUUUUUAUAUAUCUAAUA